UAGUACUUUUCCUUUCUCUUCUUCUGGCCUCCUCCUUCCCUUCUCUCUCUCCCUCUCUCUCUCUGCACAAGCGUGCUGGGAUUCCCAUAAACCCUAGCUGAUUAUCCAAUUCCGCUUCACGAGCACAUAAUCAGUAAGGUAUCCGCGCUGCUUGGAAGGGCUUGUAGUUCUGCAUUUUCUUAACCCACCAAUGUGAUGCAUUUUGUCUAACGAUUUAUUUUGGUAUCUCAAUGGAUCAACAUACUGAAGAACUACCAGAAUACAUAGAUAUCAAUCAAAAUGAUUUCUCAUAUCGAAAGCACAAGAAGCAGAAGGAGGAGGACAUUGCUAUCUGCGAAUGCAAAUAUAAUGCCAAUGAUCCUGAUAGUGCAUGUGGGGAGAGGUGCUGGAAUGUACAUACCAGCACAGAAUGCACUCCUGGUUACUGCCCUUGUGGUGUGUUGUGCAAGAAUCAGAGAUUUCAGAAAUGUGAAUAUGCUAAAACAAAGUUGUUUCAAACUCAGGGCCGAGGGUGGGGUCUUCUAGCUGAUGAGGAUCUAAAGGUGGGACAGUUUAUUAUUGAAUACUGUGGCGAAGUAAUAUCAUGGAAAGAUGCAAAGCGAAGAUCCCAAGCUUAUGAAAUUCAGGGUCUCAGAGAUGCAUUUAUAAUUUCUCUCAAUGCUUCUGAAUCUAUUGAUGCUACUAAAAAGGGAAGCCUUGCUAGGUUUAUCAACCAUUCAUGCCAACCAAAUUGUGAGACAAGGAAAUGGACUGUAUUGGGGGAAAUAAGGGUUGGAAUAUUUGCAAAGGAAGAUAUAUCUAGAGGAACAGAAUUGGGAUAUGACUACAAUUUUGAAUGGUAUGGUGGUGCCAAGGUUCGCUGCCUGUGUGGUGCAGCAAGCUGUUGUGGAUUUCUUGGGGCAAGAUCUCGUGGUUUUCAGGAGGAUACCUAUUUGUGGGAAGAUGAUGAUGACAGAUAUUCAGUUGAGAAAAUUCCGCUCUACGAUUCUGCAGAGGACGAACCUUCCUCUAAGCUCCUCAAAAGUGUUGACUCCUCAAAUUCUGAGUAUAACAUUGAUGGAAAAAUUAAAUACUCCAUGACAAUGACUGUUGGUGUCGGAUCUGAGCACCAAUUUGAAACCAAUGCUCUUGUUGUUCAGCCACCUGAUCCAGUUCCCAUGGAGGCUGUAGUUGUCAAUGAAGUAAAAGCUGAAGCAAGUGUGGAGAUGAAACCGUAUUCACAGGAUACUCAACAGGCCUUUUCACAAAAGAAUGCAAUGAUAUCUCGCAUACGAAGUAAUAGUGCGUGCCGGAACUAUCACAUUGGACCAGGGUCCUUGACAAAGAAAAGAUCAAAACACUAUUCCAAUGGAAGGUUGAAACAACUUGCACAGGAUCAAGUUAAUGCAAAAUUUAUUGCCCUACUUUUGGUAACAAAGCAAGCCCAAGAGGAAAUCCUGAGAUGUGAGGAAAUUAAGAACAAUGCCAACUCUGUGCUUGAUUCCUUAUACAAUGAAAUACGACCUGCCAUCGAAGAACAUGAAAGGGACAGCCAAGACUGUGUAGCUACCAGUGUAGCAGAGAAGUGGAUAGAAGCCUGCUGCUCAAAAUUGAAGGCGGACUUUGAUCUUCAUUACUCAAUCAUCAAAAAUGUUGCCUGCACUCCCCGAAGGCCACACCCCGAAGCAAAACUGUCUGAAGGAGACAACGAGAGUGGAAUCAGGUACUUAGCAACAGAUUAAUGUCUGUCUAUUAGGCUUCAUGAAAACUGCCCAAGGGCUUGCCAAAUGUUGGGGUGGUUAUUAGAAGAAAACUAUUGAACUUUCAUUAAUCAUUAAUACGAAAAAGCCCAAGUUCUUUGUGUGGUCCCUGGCCGCUUAGAGCUCUAAUGCUUAGUGCAAGUAAAUUACCCCUUUGCCCUGGUCUAAAUUUUAAGUAAUUGUUUUCCUCCAUAUUGCUUCAAAUAUCUCCCGUUUCCCUUUAAAUGUAGUUUGAACAGGUCAGAACUCAAGAACCUAGACAAUGCCGUGUGGGUCCUCCCAUGGACUCUAGCUAUGUAUUUACUUGCUAUUUGGCAGCACAUGAUUGAUUGGAACAGUCAAUUAUUUAAAGCAAUCAUUGCCUUUUUCUUGGGUUUCGCUUUU